UACUGUACUGGCUGUAGAUGACCUCGUUGACUUUUCGUGUGUUUCCCUCGGCAUUUGAUUUUGUGUUUGUGUGAGAGAAUUCGUACUGUUUGCUUGGUCGCUGGAGACCUUCCUCAGAAAGCUUUUCAGUUAUAGCGUGCUGCAGUAGUAAUAGUGAUGAGACGGUCGUGUUGAGUGGUCGCUUAGACGGACAAGCAGGCCCUGAGUUGACCUCGCAGCGCACCUAGCCACGAUACCGACUGAGCUGGGCUUCAGCAGGAUCUCCCAAGUGUUCACAACGACAGGAAACAGAGAGUCGGUGGGUGAAGCCGUGCUGAACGACCGCUACUAGUGGCGCACUUAGUGCCCGUUAUUGCCGUCGCUCGACAAUGGCGGCGUUGAACCAGCGCGGUUCGUACAAGGUCCGCGACACCACCGACGGUCCGCCGAUACCGCGCAAUGUUAUCCGAGCUAAUGUUCAACUACUGGACGACAACUGCCUGGUGUUCGAUAUGCCGCGCAAGUCACAAGGCGGUGAGCUGCUAGAGCGCCUCUUUGACAAGCUAGAUCUGGUGGAACGUUCCUAUUUCGGAUUGCUCUACAACGACGAUCAUGGUCUGAUGCAAUGGGUGGAGGAUAUGAAAUCACUGAGGAAGCAGGUUACCAAGCGAGAAAGGAACACGCCGAUGGUGUACUACUUUCGCGUCAAGUUCUACACUCCGGACCCGAGCACGCUGAGCGAGGAGCUCACCAAGUACCAGUUCUUCCUGCAAGUCCGCCAGGACUUACUCAAGGGACGGCUUGAUGCAUCGUCAAGUACACUUGCAGUGCUCGGAGCCUACAUCGUACAGUCUGAGGUCGGUGACUUUGAGGACAGUUCUCACACGGACGGAUACGUGUCUGAAUUUCGCAUGUUUGAGAGCCAGAAUGAGGAGGACGAAGCUCGAGUUGGUGAGCAGCACAGUCAGAUGGUAGGCCUGACACCUGCUGACUGCGAGCGUUAUUUCCUGGACCGGGCACAGCGUCUUCCACUCUACGGUGUUGAGAUGCACGCUGCGGUGGAUUCCGGUGAUCGCGAUUUGGACCUUGGCGUGAGCAGCACGGGGCUGAGCGUGUUCCAGAGCAACGAGAGAAUCAACCACUUUCCAUGGGCAUCCAUGCAUCGGAUGACGUUCAAGAAGAGAAUGUUCUUCAUUCAUCAGAGAGCAAUAGAGGAGACGCUGGGCUCUCCGCAGGUGAUCGGUUUCCGAAUGCUCUCCUACCGUGCCGCCAAGAAGAUCUGGAAAUCGUGCGUGGCCAAUCAUACGUUCUUCCGUCACCAGAGCGAGCAGCCGAGAAAGCAGACCAGCAGUGGACUGUUCAGAGUUGGCUCCAGAUACCGAUACAGCGGCCGCACGCACUUCCAGACGAUGGAUCAUGCCCGCAAGAGCGUACGCUACGAUCACCACGUGAAGAGAACGCCUAGCAAGCGCUUUGAAAGGAGAAAGAACUCGGCAGGGUAUGUUCCCCACGAAGCAUCGAGACGACGACAGCGCCAGGCUGAAAUUGAUAACUUGGCUCCUCGGGAAGUCCCAAAAAUGGUGGGAAAUGAGAUGGACAACGGAGGGAUGAGAACGGAAAAGCCGAGACCACCCGCAUUGACCACGCCUGUUGAGGACUAUGCAGAGCCUGAGAAUACUGCUGCCGUGACUUAUCCGUCUGAAUGUCUGACAUCCGAUGGUGAUCUAAUCAUCACGAUGCAAGCUGACAGCCAGGGGAGAUACGGAUUUAACGUCAAGGGUGGAUCUGACCAGAAUCAGCCCGUCACCGUCUCCAGAAUCAACGAUGGCACGCCUGCUGCCAAGACAACUCCACCGUUGAAUGUUGGAGACGAGCUGCUGAAGAUAAACGACACGGAUGUGAAAGAGCUCAUCCAUGAUCAUGUCGUCCAGGCCAUUCGCAUGUCUCGCGAGGCCAACCCGCCCAUCCUGACCCUCAUCAUCAAGCCAGCGUCACGGGCAGUCACUCGUCGAGAAGACGAGGCACUGAGCGCUGUGGCCGAGAUGAAACGCCAGUCCACCACGCUGGUCGGCGCUGAUGCCGGCCCCGGCGAGUUCCUCAGGAUCUCCAUGGAGCAGCUGCAAGAGGGUCUGGAGAAGGAUGACUCUGUCCUGUCGCACUUUGAUCAAUUGUAUCGCACCAAGCCGUCACUACCUCAGGAUGAUGCCUUCAUCCCUGAGAACUUCUGUCGCAAUCGCUAUCGUGACAUUGCACCAUAUAACAACAGCCGUGUACGAAUCAGAGCGCAGGGUCGCGACUACAUCAACGCCAGCUAUGUCAAGACAAAAGUAGGCAGUGGCACUCUCAACUACAUUGCUGCUCAAGGACCUCUGCCGCACACUCUGGAUGACUUCUGGGAGAUGAUUUGGGAGCAGAAGAACCAGCUUAUUGUCAUGGUAACGGCGGAGGAGGAAGGCGGCCGCACCAAGUGCGAAUGCUACUGGCCGCGCGACAAGGUUCCCAUUCUCGUCUGGGACCUGGAAGUCACUCUUGUGGAUGAGACCACACGCCCAGGUUACGGCAUGCGCAGAACGUUCAAGGUCACACACUUGAAGACGAAUGAGUCGCUUGAAGUCACCCAGUUGCAGUACUUGGACUGGCCUGACCAUGGUGAACCAGAAGACUCUGCGGACUUUAUCAACUUUGUGCUGGAAGCAAACAAGUUGCGGAUACCUGGGCAGGAUCUCCUUGUUCACUGCAGUGCCGGUGUGGGUCGCACGGGUAUGUACAUCUGCAUGGAGUCUGCACUGGGCAUGAUGAAGAACCAGGAACCAAUCUACCCGCUGGAGAUAGUGCAGACCGUGCGCGAUCAGCGGCCAAUGGUUAUCCAGACUUCGCAACAAUACCAGUUCGUGUGCCGCGCCAUUCUCAAGGCUUUCAGCGAGGGCAUGUACAAGAGUUUCGUACUGCCGUCACCAUCAUCGUCAUCGGCCCCCGCCGCCACCGCUGCCACCGCAUCUCUAACCCAGUCGGUUGCCUCGGCACCACUGCAGGCUGUGGAUGAGACGGACGGUAUACUCCCGACGGCCAUUCACCAUGCCGACGAGAAGAAGAAACAGGUUGUGCAGCAACGCCGUCACGAGAGUGAAUCCGAAUCCGACGACUCGGACAGUGACAGUUCCGACUCGUCCGACGACGACGAUGACGAAGAUGACGAUGGAGCGGAGAGGAUAGAUGACAUUCGUCUGAACCCGCUGGCCAUGGAUGAUGAUUAGGCUGCCAGCCCGUCGCCCCCAUCCACCGUCUACAGUGACUAUGCGUGCACGUGUGUGUGUGUGUGUGUGUGUGUGUGUGUGUGUGUGUGUGUGUGUGUGUGUGUAUGAUUGUAUUGUGCACGAGUCUUGUGCACUCGGCUAUGCAUGACCUUUACGCAUGACCUUUAUGCGGAGAUCCAAAGCGUGUAGUUCCCAUUAUGACGCUGACCGGGCCUAUGCGAUCCAGAUUUUAUGAUGUACAUUUUUACCCGCUCCCCGUACGUUUUCACCCUUUCCUGGAAGGAGCUGGAACCCUUCCGUGUUUACCCAUUGUCUUUAGCAAUUCAUACUGCCGUACAUUUAGCCAAGUUCCGUGUUGCUGGCACUUGCCCACUGCCCUAUAGGCGGUCCUCCCCCACCCUUUCUGAACCAGCACAUACUUGCAUGGUGGCAAUUGCCCGGUGCCUGGCGGCACGAAGGUCGUCAAUCCAUGCUGUAGAGUGUGUUACGCCCUGGCACGGCAUGGCAUGACGCUCAUCACUGCCCCAGGUCUCGCCCUGUCCUUGGGCACGGUUGAGAUGUGCUGCUCAAGCCGGUGCCUCGGUUUGAUCACGCUUGGGUACCGAGCAUACCUAUGUUCCUUUCUCGUCUCUUCCCCUGCGUAGCUAAGUACUGGUACAGAGAUCAGCUUCCACCCCACUCCCUACCACCCCGAACACACACUCGCGCGCACACACACACGCACACGUUCGCACUUCAUGGGCUUUCCCCCCUUUCCUUUGUCUUACGACUAUCCGCCUUCUCCCCUUCUUCCCAUCGUUGCAUAGCAUGCAUCUACAUGUACUUGUGAAUAGGAACCAUUAUCAGAGCUAAUAUUCAAUCACAGACCACACACUGUUUGUUGCAUAUCCAUCUGUUCAUUGUCAGUUGGUCGUCCAUCCGCGUCGGCCUUCUUCUUCGUCUUCAUUCUUCUUCCUCAUUCUGAGCAGAGCUUAUCCAAUCCUAGUCGGCUAGUUGGUGUUGCUUGUUAGAUUGUUGGGCAAGUUACUCCCGGCUCUUCAUCGCCAACCUGCUUUGAGCUUAUACUAAGUUUGUAAUGCAUUCCGAUAAUCUGUAGAAGAUUAUGUUUUCCAAAGUGA